UCUUUUUUUAAAUGAUCCAGCUUAUACCAUGGGGAAGAUGGUGUGAAUUUAAAGGGAUCAGAUUUCUCCUGUGUGUCAAGCUGACCCCCGCCCUCCCCCUUUAAGCUAAAGGAUAUCUCUGGAAAUGUACAUUAUCACCCACAACUUACUUUUUGGGGGCACAGUGGUGCUUUACACAUUUCAAGAGGUAAUUAUAGAUCUCAAUGCUUGGAGCUCGUUUUCUUGCUGGGGUGUGUUGCUCUCUCCCUUUCUGUGCAUGUUGCGAGAGGGUGUUACCAUCUCCCCAGAGCAGAAGGGGGAUUCUUGCGGUUACCAAAUUUGCAGGAAUGUAAAUGAGCGCGUUUGGUGAGAGCAGGAGGGGAAAGGGGUAAAGGAGGAGGAGGAGGAUUGCACAUUUUACAGCUCACUGACCAUUUGGCGAUCCAUUGAGAGGACGGUUUGGAAAAGUGGCUCCUUUGUGACAGCUCUAGCCAGAUUGGGGGGCUGCUCAUUUGCAUCUCAUUAGCCAUGCAGGCGGCCGGCGGGAUAUAAGGGAGGCAGGCGCCUGAUGAGAGGCAGAUCCAUAGUGCUUUACAUUCGGAGAGAGGCACAGCAAAGAUCACACACACGCAAGGAGAGACCCAGGAGCACACACAGGCGCGCUCAGUUCGCUUCCAUUAAGACAUUAUCUGAUUAGUAUUAUUAUUGUUGGUUUUGGCUUGGAUCCCUUAAAAAAAGACCACAAGAAAUAACGAGACCGAUCUUUGCAUCUUGCGAGAAGGGGAUAAGAGUCCAACGUGAUCUGCAAAUUGCUGCUGCUGUUUGACACUUCCCAGUCCCUGAUCUGCGAGGGGCCAGCUCCACACACGCAGAUAAAACACAAACCCCCUCUCUCGCUCUGCUCAUUUGAAGGCAACGGGAAUUAUCGCUUCCUCCUCCUAGUCUACAGGGAUUUCCAGAUCGCUGAUUUUUAAUCUUCCACGGGAAGCCUUUAUUCUGCCUCCUUUGGGAAUUAAGUGGCUUUUUUCUUCUUCUCCGUUUUGGCUGGUGGGGGAAGAAGCUUUAGGCGAAAGGAGAAAAAUCGUGGCUUGGAAGAGAAAGAGAGGAAAAAGUUGUUUAGAAUAUCAGUCUUAAAAACAGUCUGUCCCCCUUUUUUGCCAGCCAGAAGAGCUGUCAGUUCCCCAAAAGGCGUCCCUAAAAGCAUCACCAGAAAAGAGUGAGAGAAAGAGAGAGAGAGACUCUUGAAAGAGGUAAACUUUAACACCAACUCCACUGGGACAAGAGGCUUCUCCUGCCCAGCCCAGGCUUCUUGAGAGACGUUUUUUUUUUUGCCUGUGAAAGAAAGAAAGGAAAGAAAAGGGACAAGAAGAAAAACCCUACUCUCCAAAAUGGGAGGUCAGUCCAUGCUGACUCUUGCCAUCCUCUCUGUGCUGCUUUGCCAUUGCCAGGUGCGGUGCUCCGGGGUGUUCGAGCUGAAGCUGCAGGAGUUUGUCAAUAAGAAGGGGCUGCUGGGGAAUCGCAACUGCUGCCGCGCGGGGAGCGGCGGCCCUGGCGCCGGGUUGCAGCAGUGCGACUGCAAGACCUUCUUCCGCGUGUGCCUCAAGCACUAUCAGGCCAGCGUGUCCCCCGAGCCGCCCUGCACCUACGGCAGCGCCAUCACCCCGGUGCUGGGAGCCAACUCCUUCAGCGUGCCCGACAGCGCCGGCGGCGCCGAGCCCGCCUUCAGCAACCCCAUCCGCUUCCCCUUCGGCUUCACCUGGCCCGGCACUUUCUCUCUCAUCAUUGAGGCUCUUCAUACAGAUUCUCCCGAUGACCUCAACACAGAGAACCCAGAGCGCCUUAUCAGUCGGCUGGCCACACAGAGGCAUUUGACAGUGGGGGAGGAGUGGUCCCAGGACCUGCACAGCAGUGUCCGCACUGACCUCAAGUACUCCUACCGCUUUGUGUGUGAUGAACACUACUAUGGAGAGGGCUGCUCUGUCUUCUGCCGGCCCAGGGAUGAUGCCUUUGGCCACUUCACUUGCGGAGAGCGUGGAGAGAAGGUCUGCAACCCAGGCUGGAAGGGACAGUACUGCACCGAUCCAAUUUGCUUGCCUGGAUGUGAUGAACAACAUGGGUUUUGUGACAAACCUGGAGAAUGCAAAUGUAGGGUUGGGUGGCAAGGCCGUUAUUGUGAUGAGUGCAUCCGAUACCCAGGUUGCCUUCAUGGUACCUGUCAACAACCGUGGCAAUGCAACUGUCAGGAAGGCUGGGGUGGCCUUUUCUGUAACCAAGAUCUUAAUUACUGUACCCAUCAUAAGCCUUGCAAGAAUGGUGCCACUUGCACCAAUACUGGCCAGGGAAGCUACACUUGUUCUUGCCGUCCUGGGUACACUGGUUCCAACUGUGAGAUUGAAAUCAACGAAUGUGAUGCCAACCCCUGCAAGAAUGGUGGAAGCUGCACCGAUCUUGAAAACAGCUAUUCCUGUACCUGUCCACCUGGCUUCUAUGGUAAAAACUGUGAGCUGAGUGCUAUGACUUGUGCUGAUGGCCCAUGCUUCAAUGGAGGGCGAUGCACAGACAACCCUGAUGGUGGAUACAGCUGUCGCUGCCCAUUGGGUUACUCUGGGUUUAACUGUGAAAAGAAAAUUGAUUAUUGCAGCUCCAGUCCUUGUGCUAAUGGAGCCCAGUGUGUUGAUCUUGGAAAUUCCUACAUAUGCCAAUGCCAGGCUGGUUUUACUGGAAGACACUGUGAUGAUAAUUUGGAUGACUGUGCCUCCUUUCCUUGUUUGAAUGGUGGAACCUGCCAAGAUGGAAUUAAUGACUAUUCUUGCACCUGUCCCCCAGGAUACAAUGGAAAGAACUGUAGUGCUCCAGUCAGCAAAUGUGAACACAACCCUUGUCACAAUGGGGCUACUUGCCAUGAAAGAAACAAUCGUUAUGUGUGUGAGUGUGCUCGGGGAUAUGGUGGACUCAACUGCCAGUUUUUGCUCCCUGAACAGCCUCAGGGACCUGUAAUUGUUGACUUCACUGAGAAGUACACUGAAGGUCAGAAUGCACAGUUUCCUUGGAUUGCAGUAUGUGCUGGGAUUAUUCUGGUCCUGAUGCUAUUGCUGGGGUGCGCUGCUAUUGUUGUCUGUGUCAGACUCAAAAUGCAAAAGAGGCACCAUCAGCCUGAUGCAUGCAGGAGUGAAACAGAGACCAUGAACAACUUGGCCAACUGCCAACGCGAAAAGGACAUUUCAAUAAGUGUCAUUGGUGCCACUCAGAUUAAAAACACAAAUAAGAAAAUAGACUUUCACAGUGAUAACUCUGAUAAAAAUGGCUACAAAGUUAGAUACCCAUCAGUGGAUUACAAUUUGGUGCAUGAACUUAAGAAUGAGGACUCUGUUAAAGAGGAACACAGCAAAUGCGAAGCCAAGUGUGAAACAUACGAUUCAGAGGCAGAGGAGAAAAGUGCAGUACCACUAAAGAGUGAUACUUCUGAAAGAAAACGACCAGAAUCAGUAUAUUCCACUUCAAAGGACACAAAGUACCAGUCGGUGUAUGUCAUAUCAGAAGAGAAAGAUGAAUGCAUCAUAGCAACUGAGGUGUAAAACGGAAGUGAUAUGGCAAAGUUGUUGUUCAAACAAUUUCAAAGGAGAUAUGCCCCAAUGAAUGCUGCUGAAAGAGGAAAGGGAGAUAGAUUCCUUCACUGACUGCUGCUGAGAAACUAAAUUCAGGCUGAGCUGGUUCUCUACUGAAGUUAGCAAAGUGACUGCAAAAAAACAAGAUGGACACUAGGCAAGGAUCUGUGUUCAAGAAUAACUGUUGCACUGCCUUUAUGAAUUUUAUCAUUGCACUAUGGUCAGUUGCUUUUCUAUAUAUAUUUAAAUGAAGGGACUUAAUUACUACAUAAGAAGCAUGCACUGUGUGAAGUGUAUAUUUUGGAUUCUUACGAGCCAGUCUUUUCUUGAAUUAGAGACACAAACACUGCCUUUAAUGUCUUUUUUGAUACUAAAAUGUGUUUUUACUAGGUGAAAAAAAGUGUGUUAUUUUUUUGAAUCUGUAAAAAUAUUUUCAUGAUAAUUGUAAAGCUUGAGUAUUUUGUGAUGUUCAUUUUUUUAUAAUUUAAUUUUUUUGGUAAAUAUGUACAAAGGCACUUCGGGUCUAUGUGACUAUAUUUUUUGUAUAUAAAUGUAUUUAUGGAAUAUUGUGCAAAUGUUAUUUGAGUUUUUUUUACUGUUUUGUUAAUGAAGAAAUUCAUUUUUAAAAUAUUUU